AUGCCUCAAAUUUGCCCUUUUGCUUGGACUUGGAGGAAAUACACUCAAUUGAGGGUACCAAACCCCCCUUUCACUGAGGCCCUGCAGGCGGGGAGCCCCUCAAAGAGUUUUCGGGGGCGGGCUAUUCAAGCUUCGGAGUUCGGGGAAAUACCGUAUUACUACAUACAUGCCAACUUGCGGCUUCCGGUCACCAAGCUUCAACCUUUACCUCAUCAUCCGAUCUCAUCGAAAAUCAGCACUUCGAAAUCGCUCGACGAGGGUCCUCCCUUGCCUGACCACCUCACCACCCAACUAGCGAUGGCAAAUCCCUAUAGUUCAGUGACAGUGUUCGAUGCUGAAGAAAGCUCGAAAACGGUACCAGCCGACAAUCUUGCAUUUCAGGAUUUCUCUCAAAAUGCCCCCUCUGACGCCGGUCGUCCUGGUCAGGGAACCGUCCGAGGAAACGUGUAUGACCCAGACGCCGAACUGCAACAGAGAUUGGCUGGAUCACAGAGUUGGUUCAGUAUUGAUGCUUAUAGUCCGUACUUUGAUGUGGAAACCAAGACAGUGCUAGAACGUUGUUGGAGGACGAUGUAUCCUAAAGAUGACUAUGUAGAAGUUGUCUUGGCUGGUCAACCUGAUUUGUAUGGCCCUUUCUGGCUCCCAACAACGUUGAUUUUUAUCCUUUUUUUCGCAUCCUCACUUUCUGGUGCCUUAACAUCUUAUCUCCAUUCUCAGUCAUAUGAUUACGAUUUCAGUAAACUUUCGAUGGCCGUUGGCCUAGUAUAUGUCUAUGCGCUUGCACUUCCAGCGUGUAUUUGGGCGGCCAUGAGGUAUUGGGCCGGGGUGGAGGGACGCACGAUCCCGGAAAUCAUCAACUUAUAUGGCUAUGGAUUGACGGUCUUUAUCCCGGUUGCCUUGCUGUCCAUCCCACCAUUCCCGUUCCUACGGAGCAUCAUGGCUCUUGCCGCAUUCGGACUCUCGCUCGGCUUCCUCGUUCGAAACCUCUACCCUGUCCUCGCCGCUGCCCCUGCCAAGACGGGUCGGAUUUUGUUGAUCGGAGUCUUUGGUCUCCAUGCUAUCUUCACUCUGAUAUUGUGGUUCGGCUAUUUGAGUAUCGGUGGGAACUUUGAAGAAGUUAUCGUUGCCCCGGCACCCAGUGAAGACGUUGGAAAAGUCCCUAGUCCACCAUAA